ACUAGUGGAGCAAAGAAAACACAACACUAGCCUGCAGUUUCUCAAUAGUAUAGCCACAGUUAACGCUAGCUAUGAACCUGCAGUUUAAAGACACCGACAUGGUUGACACAGUCGAGAAGCUUAAGCAGAAAUAUUUGGAGAGGAGGGAACAGUUGCCACCGCCAGAAGACAUUACACCAGGAACCGGUGAGGAGGCUGUACAAAGGCUUACUUUGGCCAACAGAGCCAAACGGCCAAGCAAAGAGUUGAAAUGCUACAGCAAAGCUUUACAUGAGCUGUUCAAAGCAGUUACCAACCAUCCUGACCAGUUUGUUAGUGAUCAUGGUCUGCAUGGCAGUAAUGAGGACCUGAUUGGGGAGUCUACAGCUGCUCCACUUCAGGACUCCCAGGUGCUGUUUACAGAAACAGAUGUGACCUUGCCUUCCUGUCUGGAUGGUAGCCCUGGGUCCCAAGAAACUGAGACCGACGCAGACUUGCAGAGAGCUUGCCAACUCCCUGACUCGUGCCGUUCUUCUCCCUUAGUACUAGCAAAGGUGUACCAGGAGAUGCUGACCAUCUAUGAACAACUAAAGGCAGAGCGACAAGGCCAGCAGCAAUGGGAGAGGGAGCUGCAGGAGCGAGAGAGGAGGCUGAAGCAACAAGAGGAGGCUGUUGGGAGGCUGGCCGGGCUGGAGGAGAUGGUACACACUCGCAUACCAGCUGUAGAGGAGAAACACCAGCAAGAGGUGAGCCAGCUGCAGGAUCUUCUUCGAGAGAGGACCAAGGAGAACAGGAGGCUCAAGUCCAGCUUUGACACCAUCAAGGAGCUGAAUGACAACAUGAAGAAACAGUUGAAUCAGAUCAAUGAACAGAAUAAAAAGUUGGAGAGCCAAUCCAAGAGGGUGCAUGCUCGACUUGAAAACCUACAGAGGAAAUAUGAGCACAGCAUAGCAUCGAGAGGCUGUCAAAAAGUGAGUGCUAAGACCAUGGAGUGUAUUAAACCAGCUAAAAAGGAGAAAAUGGCUCCCUCUGGAAAACCCAGCAACAAGGGCAGCUCCAGUCCCACACCACUAAAGCUUCUGGUCCUUCUACUGGACUGGGUACUUGAUGGACAGACGUUCUCGUCAGUAGCAGCAAACAAAGGGAAAGGUGUUGGCCAAUUUCUGCCUCCGGAGAUCGUACUCAACGAGAGAUGCCUUAAGGUGCUGCCAUUAUUAGCAGAUCAGCUUCAUCAGACUCCUUUGUCAGAACCUGACCUCCUCCUUAACCUUCUUCGCCUCAUCCACUGGGCUUUGAAACACAUGGACAGCAGUACACAGCAUGUAGCACUAUCUGCCACUCUGCGGCGGAUAGGAGAGGAAGUAUCAAAGCCCCCAGCCCAGUUAACAGUGCCUCAGUCUGAAGAUCCAGACCUGCCCAAAUCCUGCAGUGGGGCUGCUGGUGGACCCUGCAGGAGCUGGCCCCUUUACCGCAGCCCCUGUCCUCACACACGCAUCCUCUCCUCCCUCAUCAUCCUCCGCACUGUCACACAAGCUGAUGUGCUGGCCCAGGCUCUGGACAGUCUCCGUACCGAGCUGAUGUCUGAGGAGAGCCGAGGCCUAUUCAUCCACUAUGGAGGAGUGUGUGUGCUGCUGUCGAUGCUCCGGGCUGGCCGUGGAGGCCUGCACGCACCUGUAGACAUCUUCAUGCAGCUAACUGAACAGUCCCGCUACUUAAAUCCCUUCCUGGAGUCGUGUAGCUGUGAGGAGUUUUUCCGCGCGGCCUCCCAGCUUCUUAAAAACCCUCGUCUGGAGCUCCCAACACUGGAGAAGCUCUCCAUCCUCCUACAGAAGCUCUCCAGCAUCAGGAAGAACCGCCGUCUGUUUGAACUGUCCUCCCUCCACCUCCAAAUACAAGAACUUAAUCGGAGAUCCAACCACACACACACCUUCCUCUGCCUCAACCUCAGGUCCAUCCUCCACAACCUCAAAUAACACUCAUGUGUUUCUCUGCCUCGUGCUCCAUUAAAGGCCUCUUUGAUUA